GGGGUGGAGGUGCAGGCAGCAAACAAUAUUUAAGAUGCUGAGUUUGUGGAGCAUUUAGGCUUGGGAAGGAAGGCUAUAGGAUACCCAAUUAAGCUGCACUUUCAGAAGCUCAAGCUUUGACAACAGCUAAGAGAGAGCCAGGAAAGAGAAAACAGUGGCAAGCUCAUCAAGAGUGCAAGUGUGAGGUUUUAAUUGCUGCAGCUUUGCAAGCCUCAGCCGGGCAGAUCCAGAUUUCCCCACAGGAAGAGCCUUCCUCACCCGGACCCACGAAAGAUGCUGAAAAAACCUCUCUCGACUGUGACCUGGCUCUGCAUUUUCAUCUUGGUCUUUGUCAGCCACCCCGUGUGGCCACAGAAGCCCCCUAAGCGCAAGACGCCCGGGCAGCUCAAAGCGGCCGCCUGCUGCGAGGAGGUGAAGGAGCUCAAGGCCCAGAUCGCCAACCUCAGCAGCCUGCUGAGUGAACUGAGCAAGAAGCAGGAGAAGGACUGGGUCAGUGUGGUCAUGCAGGUGAUGGAACUGGAGAGCAACACCAAGCGCAUGGAGUCGCGGCUCACGGAGGCCGAGGGCAAGUACUCUGAAAUGAACAACCAGAUUGACAUCAUGCAGCUGCAGGCAGCGCAGACGGUCACACAGACCUCGGCAGACGCCAUCUAUGACUGCUCGUCCCUCUACCAGAAGAACUACCGCAUCUCCGGGGUGUACAAGCUUCCUCCCGAUGACUUCCUGGGCAGCCCGGAGUUGGAGGUGUUCUGUGACAUGGAGAUGGCCGGUGGCGGCUGGACCAUCAUUCAGAGACGAAAGAGUGGCCUCGUCUCCUUCUACCGGGACUGGAAGCAGUACAAGCAGGGCUUCGGCAGCAUCCGCGGGGACUUCUGGCUGGGGAACGAACACAUCCACCGGCUCUCCCGACGGCCAACGCGGCUCCGUGUGGAGAUGGAGGACUGGGAAGGCAACGUGCGCUACGCCGAGUACAGCCACUUCGUUUUGGGCAACGAACUGAACAGCUACCGCCUCUUUCUGGGGAACUACAGUGGUAACGUGGGGAAUGACGCCCUCAUCUAUCACAACAAUACAGCCUUCAGCACCAAGGACAAGGACAAUGACAACUGCUUAGACAAGUGUGCGCAGCUCCGCAAAGGUGGAUACUGGUACAACUGCUGCACAGAUUCCAACCUCAACGGAGUCUUCUACCGCCUCGGGGAGCACAACAAGCACCUGGACGGCAUCACCUGGUACGGCUGGCAUGGCUCUACCUACUCCCUCAAACGGGUGGAGAUGAAGAUCCGCCCAGAAGACUUCCAGCCCUAAAGGAGCCUGCAGUGGAGCAGAGCUGGAGAACUGGGAGACCAAUGGAGGCUGGGCAGGGCGGAGGAGGACCGAAGAGAGGACAGGCAGGGUAUGAGUGGAAAAUGGCUUAUGAGAAAAGUCUCCAUGAGAGAGUAAGUCUUUGAGGAGCACAAUACAAUGAUAUGACCCAGGAUGUUACAGUAAAUGAGAUGAAGCACUGGAACACAAUGAAUGGGUCCUGACAUGGACUUUUCGGGGGGCUGGCCUGAGUGGGCUCUUGUGGCCGUGAUCCCUGACAUAGCAGCAGCUUCUUUUUUCCACAUGAUUUUUCUAUGAAAAAAAAUUGUGAGAUGACUUUAUCCAUUUCUAAGGUGAAGUCAGGGCGGAAAAUAAGUCCCUUUGCUAAAGAGAACCAUAUAUAUUGAUUUUCAAGGAGAAGACCUGGGUGUGAAAGGAAUAAAAGGGGGUAAUAGAAGAGAGGAGUUCCUAUUUUUAAAUCCAAUGAAAUUACAUUCAGUCUAUACU